CGUUCCGUUGCGACGCGACGGGCACACUGAACGCGGUUAUAUUUUGAGUUUUCGUUCGCACCCCGUCCAGAGUAUACGUGUUCGAGCUUACGUACUUGUUGUGGUGUUCGAAAAUAGAAUCGCGUUCUACCUAUUUAAAAAAAAAAAAGGAUAGCUGUAACCAGUAACAAAAUGCUGUCAGUAAAACCAGGGAGCCCGCAGCCGGACGGCAGUAUGGAGAAAAAGCCCAUCGCUGGUAUCCCGCGAGUAGCGACCACAACAAAAUUUAAUGCGCCAGUUCAUAUCGACGUUGGAGGAACAAUAUACACAUCUUCCUUAGAAACACUCACCGCUUACCCUGACUCGAGACUGGGCAAGAUGUUUAAUGGCACGAUUCCCAUAGUACUGGAUACCCUCAAGCAACACUACUUUAUAGACCGCGACGGUGAAAUGUUCCGCCAUAUCCUCAACUUUUUGCGGAAUAAAAAGUUGUUAUUGCCAAACGAUUUCCGUCACCUCGAUUUGCUGCUUCAUGAAGCACAUUACUUCGAAUUAGAUCAUAUGGUGUAUGCAUUGACAAAGUUGAAGAAUGAACGGGACGGAGUAAAGCAAGACUGGUUCAACCAAGCUACUGAGCGGUUGAAAGAAGAGACUGAAUUGCUUAUGCAGGAACGGGAUCGCCUCGAGCAACGGUGGUCAUGAAUAAACAAAGAUAAUAUGUCGGGAUCACGCUCUGAAGUAUCCAGGUCGAAGUGGAGUGGGACGAAGAGGCGUCGGCGACACGAGUACUAAACUCGAAAAACAGUCUUAAGAAUAUUUUAUUAAUUUUUCUAUAUCAAAAUGCAGAUUGAAAGAGAGUCGAUCUGUAUGAAAAUGGCACAAUAUGUUAAUCACACGUACUAUACUUAGAUACUGUUGUUAUAAUUACUUAUGUGAUUUAAAAAAAGUAGUUAGAUCAAUUUUGUAAAAAUUCUUAGUUUAGUUUUUAGCAAUAUUUGAUUAAGUACCUAUAUAAGUAUGUGUAAUAAAAUUUGUAUCUAGAAUUCGUAAUAAUAAAAUUUCUUUUUUAUAAGUAAUAAAAUACUAUACAACUGUAGUGUCUACCAUUGACCAUUUAAAUAAUAGAAGGAGAUAGAGUAGUUUAGUUCAGUGUUUGUUAGAUAACAUAAUAAUGUAAAUUUUAAGCUAAAUUGACCACAUAUCUAACCUAUAUACUAAUUCGACCUUCUUAACAACGUAAACAGUAGAAAAUAUAGUUAUUACAAUUAAACCUAAAAAACAUUAAAUUAUAAGACAUUUACUUUAAUAAAUAUUCUUCAGUAUUAUUUUUAUCAUCACCAUAAAUAAAUAGAAAUAAAAAUAUUCAAUAUAAAAAGUACUUUUUCUUAAGUCUUGAUAAGAUUUAUAUAAAAAUAUUGUUAUUUUUAAAACUUAUGUUCAUUU